AUGUUGUCUGAAUACAAUGUCACUCAGGAUGUCAUGAUAUUGCACUAUGACAAUCUAAGUGCUACUAAUAUUCCAAAGAAUCCUAUUCAACAUAGCAGAACCAAGCAUAUGCAUAUUAGACAACACUUUCUAAGAGACCUUGUGGAAGACAUUGUGGUUACUCUGGAGCAUGUGGCUACUGAAUUACAAAUUGCUGAUAUCUUUACUAAAGCCCUCGAUGCUUCUCAAUUUGAAAACUUGAGAAGAAAACUGGUCUCUUGCACUUCUCACAUCUCGCCUCCAACCACAGAAAUAACAAGCUCUCUUUAUGAACAGUCAAACCCUCAAUCUCCCUCAAAAAUGACUGCUUCCUCUACUCAUGUUCAAGGUACAAAUGAUAUUCCCAUUAACCCUAAUGAGAUUCUUGAGGUCAUCCCUUUACACAUGGUGACUCCAGACGAUCUUGUGGCAAAGAAGCCAGGAACAUCGCAUGCACGAAGAACCAAAGAAACAACAAGAAGACCUAAAAAGCCUAUUUCUAGUCAGACUUCUCAAUCUCGUGUUCAUCCCUCUAGGGAAGAAUUGACUAAAGAAGGUUCUAGGUAUGCUCACAACGCCAUUGCUAAAAUUGUUACCCGUAUCUUGAUUGAGAAUCAUGAUGUACCUGGGAUUUCUGUUCCUUUAAAUUCUGUUUUUCCUGAGUCACAAGACAAUAUGCAUGUUAGUGGUAAUGUUGUUGACUCUGUCCAAGUAAAUGAGGAUAUGGACGCGACUGUUCAUGAAGAAAACAUUGAUAAUGUGAAUGAUGCUGUUAAUUUGGAUGUUAAUGUGGAUGAUAAUGAUAAUAAGAAUGAUGAUGUGGAAGAGACUCUUGGUAAGGACGGUGCUGUUGCUGAUGAUGAUCAUACUGAGGUCCAUGUUGCUGUUGUGGAUGAUGAAGAGGUACCUUGUAAAGAUGAUGGUAAUGUAUCUGUUGACCAGAAUGAGGACUACACUGAAGGUGGUCAAGCUGAAGAGAAAGAACCUGAGAAAACCAAUGCUGAUAAGGUGAUCAACCUUGAUGACCUCUCUGAUGAUGACUUGGUUGCUUCUAUCAAUCCAAGUAUAGCCAAAAAGACUGUGGUUAAGCCCACUUCUGUUGGACCUAAGAAAUCUUGGAGCAAAGUGGUGCCUAAGAAGAGAAAGGCUAGAAUUAUUGCUGAGAUUGAGUCAGAUUCUGAUGUUGCUCUGGGUGUCAAUGACAUCCCUCCCAAGAAGAAAGCCUCUACUAGCAAGCUUGAUGCUUUCCUCGUGAAGGAGUUCAUUGUGAAUUUACAAGAAGAUUGUGCCAACAAGAAAGCUAAGGAUUACUUGAAAGUGUUUGUAAGGGGAAAUUAUGUUAACUUCUCCCCCAUUGUGAUCGAUAAAUUUCUGGAAAGAUCCAAUGAAGCUCAGCCUGAGCUGGAAGUGUCUGACAAUCAAAUGUGCAAGGUAAUUACUGUUGGAAAAGUCAAGACGUGGCCUGUCAAAGGGAAGUUAAAUGCCAGCAAGCUAAGUGUGAAGUAUGCUAAACUUCACAGGAUUGGAGCUGCCAACUGGGUGCCAACUCAACACAAGUCUACAAUUUUUGGUGUUAUAGAUAAAUUCAUCUUUGCUAUUGGUACUAAGAACAAAGUUGACUAUGGGACUUAUAUUUUUGAGCAAACUUUACAGCAUGCUGGUAGCUAUAGUGUUAAAGGCCCUAUUACUUUCCCCUCCCUUAUUUGUGGAAUUAUCUUGAAUCAAUUUCCUAACAUCCUGAAUGACAAAGAUUCUGUAUGCAAAAGAGCAAGCCCUUUACUCCUUCAUCACAAGCUCUUUCAAGGAACCCAUGUUCGUGACAUUGACAUAACAUCUGCUGAGACACCCCAUGGGACUCUAAAGCCACUUGAAGCAAGGAAGCUAGGCCUUGAGAAAUUGAUAAGCUCUCUUGAAUCUGAUGCUGAGCUUGUAGACAAUGCUAAUGAAGAAGAUGUUGAUGGAUCUGAAGAAGGAGAUGUUGAACCUGAAGGGGAAAAGGUUGAAUAUGCCAGUCCUGAUGAUGGCACUGAGGAAGAAGAGGAUGAUGUUGAAAGCUCUAAGUCAAAUGACUAG